AUGUCAACAAGUCAAAGAAGUGAGAGUAUGAACACAUUUUUUAAAGAUUAUUUGAAUUCUAGUACUCCAAUGAGUAUAUUUGUGGUGCAAUAUGAUAAGGCUAUUGACGCUAGAUAUGAUAAAGUAAGAGAGAAGGAUUACAAGACAAAACAUUCAAGGCCUAUCUUGAAAACUUUGUAUCCUAUGGAGGAUGAAGUGGCGAAGGAAUAUACAAGAAAGAUAUUUCAGAUUUUUCAAGAAGAACUAAUUCAAUCUCAAAAAUUUAUCUCUGAAAAGAUUGAGGUUAAGGACGGAAGAAACAUCUAUAAAGUGCAUCAACUUCAACGACAAAAGCCGACAUACAUCGUUAGUUUGGAUCUUGCAUUGAAAAGAGCUGUUUGUUCAUGCCACAAAUUUGAGUUCAUGGGAAUUCUAUGUAGACAUGUACUAAUGGUAUUUAUAAAGAAGCAGAUUCACUCACUUCCGACAUAUUAUUUAUUAGAUCGAUGGAGUAGAAAUGCAACCAAAGAAAGAGCUAAUGAUCCACCAAAUGAAACAAAAAAUUUGAAAUCUUCUACCUUAUGGUUUAAUAACAUUAUGAUACAUUCUAUUGGGCUAUCUGAACGAGCUACAAAGUCUGAAAAACAUUAUCAAUUUGCACAUCAAAGAUUAUUGCGAUUGUGUGAAGAACUUGAUGAACUUCCUUAUGAAUCAGAGGAAGAUUGUGUUGUAUCAGGUGGUCCAGGUAGUGAAAAAUAUUGUGAAAUAAUAUCAUGUGAACAAAGUCAAGAUACUACUCUGCUUGACCCUCCAGUAGCGGCAACUAAAGGGCGUCCAAGAUCUUUGAGAAUGAAAGGUGCUUUGGAAGUUACUCAAAAGACCAAAAAAGUUACUUCUCAGAAGCAAAAAAGGCAAACGAAAAGUAUGAAAUUUAAGAGAAAGGAAACAAGUUCAAAUUAUAAUGUCGAAGUCGAGCAGAAUGGUACAACAAUAUCUAACGAGGCUCAUUCAAUGCAGUUUCAACGAUAUCCAGAAUAUUAUCAAGGAUUUAUUGAGAACACUGAUUGUGCUUAUGCCACAUCAUUUACGGAGUUGAUGAAAGCAGCUUCAACUCCAUUCCAGCAACACCAUCCUAGUUAG